UAAAAUAAGGAUGAAAAGAUGCGGAAAGUUCGAAGGGAUCGCAGAGCGCGAGAGAGUGCACCAUGAAGUUCGCCACUAACCAACCACCAAUCGUCGUUCCUCGUCUAUGCUCGUUCGUAUACCGGCGCUGCCGUCCGUCAGUCAUUCGCGCGCGCUCGGCUAUGACAGUUGCGCCUCCCUACAGUCUCACCGGUGCAUCCGAACAACGACCCCGGGCCUAAGUUAGCGGUACUUCGUUGCGCUUCGCAAGCACCAUACCGAUUAAAAACUGAUAAAUUAUGCGAAACAGGAUUAAACGGGAAGUACAAACAAGCAAUUUCUACAACAAGCAGAACGAGAGGAUUAAAAAAAGUACAGUGAAAACAAACAUGAGUUUACGCGUUUAACACGAGCCGAAUGAUAUCUAAUUGUAAGAUAUCUAUUACGGUGACGUGAUCGAUCUUCUUCUCAGCUAAUCAGCGAACUGAAAGCAAUUUGUAUUUCUGCAUCGCGCAUUUCCGCAUUUCGUGAUGACCUCAUCGACGCACUGUUCGCCCUCGCGAUCAUCCCUGAGUUGCUGUCAAUUUGACCGUAUCAGUCAAGAUGACGUACGAGAUACGACGAUUAUGGGUAACAACAAUUAUUUCCUGCAACAGGAGAAAUGUUCCUUCCCGAAGAGGCCUGAGAUUGACCUGUCGUUUCGCGACAUACGUUAUCGCGUCAGGGAAUGGAAUCUGCGCAAGUUCUCGACAAAUGAGAAAGAAAUUCUGCAUGGCAUCAGCGGGGAAUUUAAGGCCGGCGAAUUGGUGGGAAUUAUGGGACCAUCCGGAGCCGGAAAAUCGACAUUACUCAACGUUCUCGCUGGUUACACGGUGAAGGGCGUGAGAGGAGAGAUUCUGGUCAAUGGCAAAACUCGGCUACCGUACAGCGAGCGAUGGAAGAGAACGUCGUGUUACAUACAGCAGGACUCCAUCCUUCGCACCCGGAUCACUGUCGGAGAAGCCAUGACUGUGGCCGCUCAUCUGAAGCUCGGUUGCACAAUCAGUUCCGCUUAUAAACAUACUCAGGUUUUGGAGUUACUGGAGAUGCUGGGCCUGACUCAUUGUUAUGAAACGUUGUGCGGAAAAUUGUCAGGGGGACAGAAAAAGCGGCUCGACAUUGCCUUGGAACUCUUGAGCAAUCCUUCAGUAUUAUUCCUUGAUGAACCAACGACUGGUCUGGAUUCCGCUUCGUGCAGUCAAUGCGUCGCUCUCAUGAAACGAUUGGCCAGAUUAGAAAGGCGUACGGUGAUCUGUACGAUUCAUCAGCCGAGUGCCCUGCUCUUGGAGAUGUUCGACUCCCUGUACGUCGUCGCAGCUGGUUACUGCAUAUACAGGGGCCCGGUUAGCUCGCUGUUGCCACACUUGGCCUCCAUCGGCGUCAAUUGUCCAUCUUAUCACAAUCCGGCGGAUUUCGUCCUCGAGGUAGCGAUUGGAGAAUACGGAAUUUCGCUAGACAAGCUGGUAGCUGCAGCGGAAACGAUACAGGUCGAUCAGAAAUCAGUCGCUUUUACCAAGGAUCUGGUGUCUGAAGAAAAAAAUGUUGUCAAGGAACCACCACCGCCCGCCACUUUCCUAACGCAGUGCUAUCUUCUUUAUAAGAGACAGCUGUUGUGCUUGAAGAGAGAUUACACGUUAUUGAUGACGCGUCUGCUCUGUCAUCUGAUGAUCGGCAUGAUCUUCGGAUAUUUGUACAUGGGAAGCGGCUAUCGAGCUAAUGGUGUCCUAGCGAAUUACGUCUAUUUGUACGGAUCUUUAUUACUUAUAGUCUAUACUGGAAAAAUGGCCGUCACUUUGGCCUUUCCCCUAGAAAUGCGGAUUCUUAUGAGGGAGCAUUUCAACCGCUGGUACCGGCUAGCACCGUAUUACAUCAGCAUGUUGCUUAUCGAAAUACCUUUUCAAGCCGCGUGCGCGGCUACGUAUAUUAGUGUGAGUUACUGGUUGACAGGUCAACCCAUAGAGACGAAUCGUAUAAUAUCUUUCAUGGUAGUCAGCAUAGCUGCCAGUCUAACGGCGCAGGCAUGGGGUUUCUUCAUUGGCGCUACCACCCCGGUUAAGAUUGCGGUAUUCGUCGGCCCUAUAAUCGCGGUGGUAUUUUCCAUCUUCGGCUUCUGCAUUCGUUACACGGAUACCCCGCACGCGUUCCGUUGGAUGUUCCAUAUAUCAUAUUUUCGUGCGGGUUUCCAGAACCUGCUGUACACCGUAUACGGAUUUGACAGGACGGACUUGAAGUGCGAUGACUUUUACUGUCACUACAAGAAACCCACCAAGUUUCUCACAGAGAUGGAUAUGGUCGAUAUAAAUAUGGUGAACAAUCUCAUACUGAUACUUGGUAUUGGUGUAUUAAUGCAUCUUUUAACUGCCAGUGCACUCUGGUGUAAGCUCAACAGGAGAUAGGUCACCUCAAUACAGUAUUGCACAUAAUUUCUAUGAAAAAGAAUGAAAGUUGUCGCAAAUUGUGAAAAAAAAUAUAGAAAUAUUAUAUAUUAAAACAAUUAUUAUGUAAAAUAUUACAUAAAAAAUUUAGAGAACAUCUCUGUAAGAGAGCUUGUGCUGGAGACCCUUAAGCAUAAGUGAAAGAAUCGUAAAAAGGCGAAAUUAUAUUGUUUCCGCUCAAUUUUAUCUCAUUUUGCGUUUUACGAAUUUCUAUCAUUUUUUUUCGAGAACUUGUGUUUAAACUUUAUUUAGUGAAAUUAUAGAAAAUAUCACUAGUCGGAAUUUGUUCUUUUGUAUUGAUCGAAACAAGACGAAUCGCUAAAGUGAAAGCGAUAAUAUAAUCGAGAAAUAAAAUGAUAAAAUUUGUAUAAAGGUCGAAUGUGUUUAUAUAUGUGUACAUAAGCCUGAGUGAUAUUAAAACGGCAGACAUGCGAUACAGCGUAUCUAAGCUAUUAUAAUUUAGAGUUACAUCGUAUUUAAAGCUUUAAGAACACGGUAAACAAUAUAAUGUACUGUAAUAGUAAUACUAUAGUUUGUAAAUUUUUUAAUUUUUAUUUAAUUCGCGUUUUUCUAGUACAUUUACGGAGAUAUGUACAAAGUUCCCUAAAUUAUCUUUAUAAAUGUGAAAAUUUUAUUAAAUAAAUAUAUAUGUACAUAUAUACACAUAUAUUUGUACAUAAUCAAUAUCGAUGAAAAUGUGAUCCUUUUUCCAAAAGAAUAUAAAGCGGAAAAUAAUCGUUCAAUUUUUUCCUAGGAGAAAAAGUGCUUAAUUUUUUAUUAAUUUCUUAAAAAGUUAUUUUCUAUACGUGAUGUAAGAAAGAAUACUAUAAAUUGUGAAAUAUAUUCAUUUAGUUUUUUCUUGUCUUUAUUUUAUCAUAUGCAUUUGUUUUUUGUCAUUUCUACAUUUAAAUAUAUAUCAUUCAAAUUCUUAUACAAUGUAGAGUGAAUCUCAUUGUUCAAUCGACUUUAAUAGUAUUUAAUUCUAACAUACACAUUUGUGUUUUUAAACCUUUAAAACUACAAUAUAUAUAACUGUGCUAUAAUCUAUGGUUUAUAUACAUCAUAAUUUGUGCAAACAUUACGUGUAAUCAUGAAGUAUUAUUAUCCAAGAUCGUGAUUGAUGUUCAAAUAUAUUAAUUAAGAUAUGUACAUACAGCUAGCAAUGAACAAUAGUAUGUUUUGCAUUACAGUUUGAGCAACGCGAGCUCUAUAAGAUACCUAAUGCAAGACAUUUUUUUGUGGAAAUCAGCUUAUACAAUCGCAGUUUUGUUUUAAAAAUGUUAUUAUUUAUACGAAGUGAUGUCCAGUAAGAGCGUUUAAGCAAUUAUUGUAACAAACUCUAACAGAUAACUUACUGUAGGUAUAUUUAUUAUACUUCAUUUUAAUCGGACUCAAUAAAGAGCUGUACGAAUAUAUUCAUCAUUUUAAUUAUAAAGAGCACGUACUAAAUGGCUAAGCAUUUCACUUACAGAAAUAGUUACUUCUAUUGUAUCAAUAACAAUCAUAACAAUAAUCGCAGUCUUGUUCGUUACUCGUAUAUUAAUAUAAUUCUUGAGGAUAUAUUUUCUGUUGCUCACAUUAUUUUCUAUAUAUAUAUAUAUAUAUAUAUGUGCCAUAACAUUGCACGCACAAAAGUGAUAUUGCUAUUGUAGCUUCUACAAGGAAGAUAAUACUGUAUCAUUUACUUUAAUUUAUUCUCUCUUGUAGUAUUAAAUAUUGAACAGAAUAAAAGUAGCGACUAGAAACAAAA